AUGACUAUAACAAGAUCCCAGCGAGCCAAACUGAAAUUUAAAAGAUACCCCGACAAAGCAAUCCCACGUGCACAUAAUCUCUAUGGCUAUUAUGACCAUCAAAAAACGGCAAGCUCCAAAACAAAAAAUGAAAACAAGAUAUCUCAACGUUAUCGGCCAUUUUGGCCAUCGGAUGAUGCUAAUACUAAGGAGUUGACUGAUAACGAAAAUGAAGCAAAUAGUAAAUCCGUUAAUAGCAAAGAGGAGAUGGGACCCCUCGACGGUGAGAGCAACUUGACUACCGAAACACAACAGGAAUAUCGCAAACCUGAAGAACAUCAAGUAGAUUCCGAACAAAUUUCCAAGCUUUGCACUCAAAUCCAGGACAUUCAUUCUCGAAUGGAAAUAAAACGUAGUGAAUGCCGCGAUCUUGAAGAGUCCAAUAUCAAGCUUACAAAAUUAAUAGAUCAAAUUCGUUUGGCUGUAACAAAACUGGAAAGAGAUAUUGGCCCAACAGUAAGGUCGUCUAGCGUGAAAAUGGAAGAUGCAGAAAAUUUGGUUAUUUACAUUCAGGAUUUAAAAAAUAGGAUAGUUAGCGGAUGUUUGUUACAUUCGGACUAG